AUGGAGGCGUCUGCGCCUAGCUUUGCUUCUACAACGGACUUGUCUGCAGCCAUGGCCCCGAAACUAGGCAUGGAGAGAAAGUCUGUGCAGAACCUCUGGAAAAGAAAAGACAGAGUUCUGGAGCAGCAGGCUCAGCGGAACCACGCUCUGCAGCCGGGAAGGCACCGCAAAGGUCGCUCUGGCCAGACGUCUGGUGGAACAGCAAGACCUGGCCGUAGCGGAGGCUGGCGUCUGAGUGGAGCUGGGCGAAAGUCUGAGUUCGCUGACGUCGCGACGUCGCUGCGAAGCUGGUUCGAGGAAGCCCGUGCUCACGGGCAUUCUGUGAAGAAGCGGCACCUGCUGGCACGCUGGACGUUUCUGAUGACCUCUGAGUUGGUUCGGCUCAAGUCUGCGAAGAGUGCCUCUGCAGACUCUUUUGAGAGGGCACGUCUAGAUCAAAAGAUCUCUGAGGGCGAGAAGCAGCUGCAGUCUGCUGCGAAGGAGUCUGGCAAGAAUCGUCUCAGGCAGCUGGUGCAUGAUGUGGGUGCCAAGAAUCUGCUGCCGGAUCUGAAGACGAAGCUCUCAGAGCAGGAGGAACAGGUCACUGCGAAGCUGACGUACCAGAGUCUGGACCACACUCUGCACCUGGCCUGCUUCGCUCCUCUGGAGGACCUCUCUGCUCGGGUUGGCAAGGCUGGGGAGUUCAGAGAGAAUAUCUCUGAUCUCGUCGUCGUCUGCUCGGACCAGAUCCCUUUGUGGAUCAAGUCUGGUUCUGAGCGUGAGCUCUUUGCUGAAUGGGAGCACCAGCCUCUGCCCCAGCAGGUUCUGCGAGAGAGACUGAGGAAGCACCAUCUGGCUUCUCCUGACCAGAUUUCAGACUCUGGCGACGUUCUUCCUGCUGCCAAACCUCUGCUGCAGGCCGUCAAACCGUCUGCAAAAGCUGCCACUGCCUCUGGACAGAGGCAGAAGAGGGCCUUUGUGGAUGCGGACUCUCUGAGGUACCGUGUCACCUACGAGGCCAGGCAGUCUGCACUCAGCGGGCGAGUUCUGCCUGGACUUCUGGUCGUGCACGGCACGCACGCUCGUCUGGACAACAUCGACAGCUCUGGUCGAUUUCUGAAAGACGAGAGCUUUGAGUUUGCUGGCAAGCUCAUCUGCCGCCAGAAGAAGUCUUCGGCAGGGAAUCUGCUUCGUGGCUGGCGACAGGCACGGGACAAGGAUCCCGGUCUGUUUCGCCACAUAUCUGUCAUGUCCCAACCCUCUGCGAACGUUGAUGGCAUCAUCUUCGCAUGGUCUCAGGAAGCUCUGGCCACUCUGGCACCAGCCUCUGUGCACGUUCGCGACUGCUUCGCUGCAGCCUGGUCGUCUUCUGCCGCCGAGUCUCUGUUCUAUGGCCAGUCUCUGCAGACGGUCAUUGGACCGAAACUGACUGCCAGUCUGCAAUUGACUGACACCGACUUUGCCAGAGCCUUCAAGAGUCUGGCAAGGUCUGCCAUGGACGAUCUCAGGCACUCUGGUCAGACCGCUCUGCUGGCUGCUGGCGAGAAGGAGUUCUGGAGAGCGAGCCAUCUGGACAUGGCGAAGGCUGUUGUGCAGGCUCAGUCUCAGAUGUCUGAGCGACAAGCCUCCAACGACUGGAUCGUGUCUGGUCUUCGCCGCAACGGUCUACUGGCUUACAAGCCUGACUUCUCCAAGAAGACUCUGGUUCCUUUGUCAGACUCAGAGUGCUUCGGCACUGGCAUGGGUUCUGCGAGGACGAAGCCAAGCUGGCUGGAGGACCGCUACUCCUGGCGGGAUGCAUCUGGCGUUCCAGUGAAGCCAGACUGGUCUGCUCUGCAAGGAGCCAAGGUCGUGGCGGAUCUGGUGGAAUGGAGCUAUCACCACUCUGAGCCGCAGGACCAGGAUGUGGAGAAACGGGUGGACGAGGCUCUGCUGAACGUGCACGAGAUGCCUCUAGACCUGCAGCUCCCCUGCAUCGAGUCUGGCGUCCUGACACUGUCUCUGGACUUGCAACGUACAGCCUGGCAGAAGCAGCUCUCUGCGGACUCGGACCUUCUGGCCAAGAAAGCUGUGAAACGGGAUGUGAAGCAGAUGGUCGCUCUGGCGAGGCAGAAGCUGCGAGGCAAGCUUCUGGAAGCCAUGCGGCAUCGUCUGACACAGAUGUCCCGCGAGCAGGCUCUGCAGCGUCUGGUGCCGAGAGCCUCUGACACCCAGAAGCCCUCUGUGGUCAGGAAGAAGGGCCUGAAAAACCAGAAGAAGACAGCUCUGGCCCACGCUGCGAAGGCUCUGGCGAAGAAGAUGGCCCUGGACCACAAACCCGCUGGCGGCUCUGCUCUGGUGCCAAGCUCUGCGCCGUCUGACCCGGUGUCUGAGAAGGCCGCAGAGUUGAACUCUGCAACGAAGGGCCCUCUGUACGGCCGGACCUGCAGGAUUCUUCGAGAGGACCACAACUGUGGCAAGUCUGGCAAGUGCACUCUGCACGACGUCAUGACCAACAAGGUCUCUCUGGCUGGUGUUGGAGAUGCCUGUGCCACGGUGCUCCUCUCUGACUCCGAGGUCUGCGACGUGGAUCCACUCUGGAAGUCUCCGAAGAAGUGGAAGAAUCUGCGCCUGAAGAGGGCUCUCAAGGAAUUGGUUCUGCGAUCCUGCGGCGGCUCUAGCCUCUUUCUGGAGGCUUCUGGCGACUUCUUCGCUGCGGAGCCUGUGGAACUUCUGACGUUCAAGAAGUCUUAUCCGCAGAUGCUUCUGGAUCAGCAUCUGCGGUACGGCUGGGAACUUCUGCGCUACAAUCUGAGCGACUCUGACGAGAACUGGUUUCUGGAGAACAAGAUCUGCAUGGUGGACCCUAAGCUGUCUGCCCAGCUCCUCGCUGGAGACCACGACCGCCCCGAGCUUCUGCAGGCUGCUCUGGAUCGACUCCGUUCUGAGAACAAGGUGCUGUUCGUGCCAGUCUGGGGGCCUGCUCCCUCGCACUGGACUCUUCUGGUCCUGCAGCGACAGGACCUCGCGGAGAACUUCUCUGUGAAGUACCUGGACAGCCUGUCUGAGAAGCACGAGCAGUGCUCUGUGAACGCAGCCAGACUUCUGUCCCUCCUGCUGCCCACAGAGGUUCUGCCCGAAAGAAGUCCCUCUGGCACCCAGAAGGCGGAUGAAUGCGGUUUCUGGGUUCUGGCCAACAUGUUGAGCAUCUGCUCGGGCCUGCUUCUGGAAGGUCCCUGUGCUCGUGGAUCUCGCGGAAAGCUGGUUCUGGAGCUCAUGUCUGAGCUGAAAAGCUGGCUUGUGCAGCUCUCUGGCGAGCAGACCAAGCUGAAAAAGGAGCUGGAGAGCAAGGAAAAG